GCCCCCCGGCCGGCCCGCCGCGCUUCCCCGCGAGAGGGGCCCUGGCUGGGGCGCCCCGGGACCGCGGGAGCCCGGCGUGGAGGGUCCCCAGCACUGCGCAGGCGGCCGCGGGGGCCGGGAAGGGGAGAAGACCCCGCGGGGCGCAAUCCCGGCGUCGGCAGGGAGGGGGCAGCGCCAGGCCUCCGGACCCAGGGCUAGGCGACCUCGGUUCGGCACAUUCUCGGGCCCUGAUCGCGGAGCCCAGAAUAGCAGUCCCGGGUGGGGGGUGGGAGCGGUCAGUCUGGGCUUUCCAAGGUCACCCCACCCUGGCGCCAGGACACCAGGCCGCGGCUCUGCGGGACCGGGGCUCGCUCGGGCAGUCAGUCCCCUGCCGCAGAUCCGCGUCCAGGCGCGCGCUGGCCGCGCGGGGGCGCACGGAGCCGCCACCCCUCCCGACCCCGGCCUGGGCGCGCCCCGGGAGGCCCCCGGUGGGAGGGGCCGCCGGAGUUCCCCCACCCGCACCUCGGGCCCCGCCGCUUCCGCUCGCCCUGGGGCCGCCCGGGAAACCUGGACACGCCGCUUGGGUUCUAUGCAGCCGGGUCUCACAGAAUCAUGGACUGAAUCCAGGUGGUCCCCACGGCACAGAUGGGGAAGCUGAGGCCUGGGGCAGCGGAGUGGCGGGUCCCUGGCCACACAGGAAGAGACAAAAAGGGGGCUCAGAGAGGUUUAAUUACUGUAUGAGAUCACACAGCCAGCCAAGGCAGAGAUGGGGUUCAGCGUCGGUUUAGCUGGCACCCGCUGCAUAGGCACCCUCUGCCCGCCAAGACCCCGACCCUUCCAGAGCCUUCUGCUCUUGCUGUGGACCCUCCUGAACUGUGUUUUAGGGAGCAGCGCUCAGGGUCCGGGGGAGUGGACGCCCUGGGGGUCCUGGAGCCACUGCUCCAGCUCCUGUGGGCGGGGCGUCUCAGUGCGCAGCAGGCGCUGCAUCCGGCCCGUCCGCAGGCUUCCCGGGGAGGAACCGUGCUGGGAGAGCGGCCAUGAGUACCGCGUUUGCCAGUUGCCGGACUGUCCCCCAGGGGCUGUGCCAUUCCGAGACCUACAGUGUGCCCUCUACAAUGGCCACCCUGUCCUGGGCACCCAGAAAAUCUAUCAAUGGAUCCCUUUCCACGGCGCACCCAACCAGUGCGAUCUCAACUGCCUGGCGGAGGGACACGCCUUCUAUCACAGCUUUGGCCGUGUCCUGGACGGCACCCCCUGCAGCCCAGGUGCGCAAGGCCUCUGCGUGGCUGGCCGCUGCCUGAGCGCCGGCUGUGAUGGGGUGCUGGGCUCCGGAGCCCUCGAGGACCGCUGCGGCCGCUGUGGCGGCGCCAACGACUCUUGCCUCUUCGUGCAGCGCGUGUUCCGUGACGCCGGUGCCUUCGCCGGGUACUGGAACGUGACCCUGAUCCCCGAGGGCGCCAGACACAUCCGCGUGGCUCACCGGAGUCGCAACCACCUGGCGCUGAUGGGGGUCGACGGGCACUACGUGCUCAACGGGAACUGGGAGGUCAGUCCGCCCGGGACCUACGAGGCUGCGGGCACCCGCGUGGUCUACUCCCGCGCCGCAGCGCCGCAGGAGACACUGCACGCAGCAGGGCCCACCUCCCAAGACCUGCUCUUGCAGAUCCUCCUGCAGGAGCCCAACCCCGGCAUCCAGUUUGAGUUCUGGCUCCCUCGAGAGCGCUACGGGCCCUUCCAGGUGCAGACGCAGGCCCUGGGCUGGCCCGUGCGGCAGCCACAGCCGCGGGAGGUGGAGGCUCGGGCCCCCAUUGCUCCCCCACCUCUGAUGCCCACCCUGGCCCCAGACCCCUGCCCACCCUGCCCUGACACCCGUGGUCGUGCCCACCGGCUGCUCCACUAUUGCGGCAGCGACUUUGUGUUCCAGGCCCGUGUGGUGGGCCGCCACCGCCAGGCCCAGGAGACCCGCUAUGAGGUGCACAUACAGCUCAUUUACAAGAGCCGCUGGCCACUGCGGACUCGAGAGACAGGCUGCUGCUGCCCCAUGCUGGCUACGCCCGGCCCUGGAGCCCUGCUGAGGACAGCCGCAUCCGGCUGGCUGCCCAGCGCUGUCCUGUCUGAGCCCUUGGAGGAGACCUACACGACUGACAGCAAGAAGGACCCCAUGAGGAAGCUCAAACUCAGCCUGUUUCCCCUCUUACCUUGGCUUCAAGGGUGCUCAGAAAUACCUACCACUUGCAGCGGUGUGAUUCCCUGUCACAAAUAGACAACCUUUGUGUGAAGUCAGAUCCAGUCAUAAGCAGGCAGGCACUAGGGAGGACGAAACGAGACUGAGAAGACUCAUUUCCCCCUCUCACCUUGUCUUCCAGGAAGCUCAUAGCUAUUUUACACUCAGAAAUUUUGUGCUUGUUUUCAUCUUCCUGGCUUCACACUAGCUUAGAGACAGUCACAGAGGAUAACAGGCAUAACAUGACAUUGUAAUGUAUCCAUUUCCCUGCUGAGUACCAGGAAGCUCCUCCCUGUUUAACUCCCUAACGCCUGUGCUCACAUCUCUCUCAGCCAUUCACAUACACGUGCUUCUAUAUUCAAAGACACAAUCACAAGCCUGCAUGCCCCUUAGAAGACAUGCCUAACCAGGCACCAUAAUCUACUCAUUUCCCUUUUGGCCUGGGUUUCCUCCAGUCAACAGACUAGUGUCCACCUUUUUUAAAAAAAGUUUCACUUUGACACAGGCUGCUGGCCUUGAGCUUGCCAUCUUUCUGCCUCAGCCCCUGGAGUCGUGGGGAUUACAGGUGUGCCUUACUGUGCCCCACUCAACCCCUUUCUUAUUCUUAUUUAUUAAUUUUUAUAAACACUUAAAAAAAAAAAAAAACAA